UCCCUCUCCCUUAAAAGUUAGGAGUGAGCAAAGCCUAUCAAAUGCUUAGUUUAGGAUGAGGGACCUCCUCAUGGCCUCCUCCUCUUCACCUAUCCCUCCAAAUUCAUCCCUAACCCUCAACAACAGGCUCAUCAGAACCUUUCCAACAAAAACCCCACAAAACCCUACUAAAACCACUCUCUCUCUCAAAUAUCUCUCUUCAACCCCUCUUCUAUCUGAUAUUAGGCCAGACCUUGGCUUGCAAAAUCCUAGUUCCUUGAAAUUCUAUGCUUCAAUGGCUUCGAAACUUGCAGAAAACGGAAGGCUGGAUGAAUUUUCGAUGCUUGCGGAGAGCUUCAUUGGCUCAGGCAUGGCUCCAGGCCACUUUGUUGAAGCUCUCAGUAUUAAGCAUGUUUCAGCUGGUUUUGCUCUGUGUUUGAAGAACGGAGAGUUUGAUACAGUGCUUGGAGUUAUGGAGAAGUUUGAUAAGCUUGGGAUUUGCCCUUCUUUGAUUUUUGAUGGUUCAGCUAGGAGGUUGCUCUUGAGUGCAUGCAGAAGGGUUUUGGAUGGUGAUAAUAUUGGGGAAUUUGUGCGGUUGGUGGAGAUUUUUGCAGGUUAUCGGUUCUCAGUAAAAGAUGUUGUGAAACCAACUUUCAUCUUACAGGCUUGUAUUGAUAGGCAUGAUCCUUUUAUGGCUGGGAGGUAUGCAAGUAUUCUUCCUCAUGCAGAUGUUUGGUUCAAUUUCUUAAUAUGUGAAUUUGGGAAGAAGAAAGAUUUGCAAUCUGCCUUAGUUGCUUUUGAAGUAUCAAAGGGGAAAUCUGUUAGUCCAAACAUGUACAUAUACCGGAGUAUCAUUGAUGCUUGUGGUUACUGUGGUGACUCGUUGAAGUCCAGGAGCAUUUUUGAGGACUUGUUAGUUCAGAAGAUCACUCCAAAUACUUUCGUGUUCAACAGUCUGAUGAAUGUGAAUGCUCAUGAUUCGCAUUAUGCCUUGCAUAUAUACAAGCAAAUGAAAAAAUUAGGUGUUGCUGCAGAUAUGGCUUCUUAUAAUGUGUUAUUGAAGGUGUGUUGCCUCGCUGGAAGAGUUGAUUUGGCUCAAGAAAUCUAUGAGGAGAUACUUCAGAGAGCCUUGUUUGGUGGCCUAAAGUUGGAUGUUAUCACCUAUAGUACGAUAAUCAAGGUAUUCGCAGAUGCAAAAAUGUGGGAAAUGGCGUUUAAAAUAAAAGAUGAUAUGAUAUCUGCUGGUGUUAGCCCAAACAUAGUCACUUGGUCAUCAUUGAUUAGUGCCUGUGCUAAUGCAGGGCUAGUAGAACGAGUCAUUCAGGUCCUUGAAGAAAUGCUUGUCGUUGGUUGUGAGCCAAAUACUCAGUGUUGCAACAUUCUUCUCAAUGCAUGUGUCGAGUCGUGCCAAUUCGAUAGAGCUUUUCGUAUUUUUCAUUUCUGGAAGCAAAAUGGGUUUUCAAUGGGUAGUAAUGCAAAAGAAUGUGGAAGCAAGACAGUUACAGAUAUCAAGCAGAAUGAAUACUUUUCAAGUGGAAACCAUGAAUUCCAUAUUACUAGUGAUGCAUUAGAUCCGCAUGAUUUAAAUUUCUCUGAGGUUAUUCCUUUCAAACCCACAGUUGCCACAUACAAUAUAUUAAUGAAAGCUUGUGGUACUGAUUACUACCGUGCACAAGCUUUAAUGGAUGAGAUGAAGGCUGGAGGUCUUUCUCCUAAUCACAUAAGUUGGUCAAUUUUGAUUGAUAUAUGUGGAAGGUCGUACAACAUGAAGGGUGCAAUACAGGCAUUCAAAAGCAUGUACAAUGCAGGUAUUAUUCCUGAUGUUGUUGCAUAUACAACAGCAAUCAAGGCAUGUGUUGGUAACAAGUACUUCAAAAUGGCGUUUUCAUUAUUUGAGGAGAUGAAAAGACACCGGUUGCAGCCUAAUUUGGUGACAUACAAUACUUUGUUGACUGCUCGAAGUAGAUAUGGAUCCUUGGAUGAAGUUCUGCAAUGCUUGGCAAUAUAUCAGGACAUGCGUAAAGCAGGAUAUAAUUCAAAUGAUCGUUUCUUGAAGGAACUACUUGAGGAGUGGUGUGAGGGAGUGAUAUCUGAUAAAGGUAAACGGUGGAGUGAGUUGAAUAUUGACAAAUGUGAUAAAGGAAGUGAAGUUUAUGGUCCUCAAAGCCUGCUUCUUGAGAAAGUAGCUGCAUAUUUACAAGAGAACUUUGCAGAGAACUUGACAAUUGAUCUUAGAGGGCUUACAAAGGUCGAGGCUCGAAUCAUUGUCCUUGCAAAGCUGCGGAUGCUUAAAGAGAACUACAUUCUAGGUAAACCUGUUCGAGAUGAUAUGAUUAUCAUCACUGCAAACACAAGAUCAAAUAUGGAUGCUGCAGAAACAGAGCUGAGGGUACGUGAUGCAGUCAUUAGAGUUCUUCAAGGGGAAUUGGGCCUUUCCGUUUUGGAAGGUCCUGAACUUGGUGAGCUCUCUACAAGGCAUGCACAUGUUAUCAGUUCUCUGUCCCCUGAAACUCUUACCAUGUCAAAGAGGCCACAGUUACGUGAAUAUACAACUCGAAGACCUGUUGAUGUCCAAAGGUUGAAGAUCCCUCGGAGAUCACUAAAUCUGUGGCUACAGAAAGGAGUGGGCACCCAAAAGAGAUGAUCUUAAUUCGUCGAGCUUGAUCUCAUUCAGUUUUGUAUAUUUAUGUAUGUUGUGUUAUGUAUAUUGUUAUCAUUCUUUUUAAGGAAAAGGUAAUAGAAUCGCUGGUUUCGCUA